AUGUCUCGCCAACAUCCCCAACCCUACAAACGUCCUGAGCAAGAGGGCGGCGAAGAAAUCAGUAAGGAUGAGCCUGUUGAAGUGCACAUCCGUGCAAAUUUCUGGGCAGUAGGCUUCGUCAUUGGCGGCCUACAAUUCUUUCGCAUGCUCGCAGGCUGGGGAUACGAAGUGGAGUUUACAUCCCCAAGCGGGCAACGGAAACGCGACAUCUUUAGACCCAAGGAUGUUCGUCGUGUGGCUUGA